AUGAACCUUCUUCCUUCCCUCUCUUCUGAAACCUGGGCCCUUUUGCUUAUUUUUGUAGCCCUCGUGAUAGCGUACGGAACCUGGCCGUUUGGUUUGUUCAAGAAACUGGGUAUUCCUGGGCCAAGACCUCUGCCUUUCUUUGGGACGUGCCUGGAAUAUCGUAAAGGUUUCUUGGAGUUUGACAAUGAAUGCUUCCGGAAAUAUGGGAAAAUGUGGGGGAUUUACGACGGCAGGCAACCCGUGUUAGCUGUCAUGGACCCCAAAAUCAUCAAAUCCGUGCUGGUUAAAGAGUGUUACUCCACCUUUACCAACCGCAGGCACGUGGAUCUAGCAGGGGUGCUGAACAAUGCCGUCUCAUUAGCUGAAGACGAGCAGUGGAAACGGAUUCGUACAGUGCUCUCUCCAACCUUCACCAGUGGGAAGCUAAAGGAGAUGUUUCCUAUAAUGAAGCACUACGGGGAAAUACUGGUGAAAAAUGUUCAAAAAAGAGUGGAAAAGGACAAUUCUAUACCGGUGAAGGACAUCUUUGGAAGCUACAGCAUGGACGUAGUUACCAGCACUUCAUUUGGUGUGAACAUUGACUCCAUGAACAACCCCAAAGACCCCUUUGUCAGAGAGAUGAAGAAACUGGUCAAGUUUGACUUUUUUGAUCCAGUCUUCAUCGUGUCAUUUGUAUUUCCAUUUUUUUGUCCUCUUUUGGCCAAGAUGAAUGUAAGCGUUUUCCCCAGUGAUGCUGUAGAUUUCUUCAUGAGAUCCAUCUCCAAAAUUAAGCAGGAUCGUGAAAAGGAUACUCAAAAGGGCAGGGUGGAUUUCCUGCAGAUGAUGAUUGAAUCCCAGAAAUCAACCAGUAAUGGGAACAGUGAAGUGAAUCACACACAUAAAGCCCUGACCGACAUAGAGGUCCUGUCUCAAGCAUUCAUCUUUAUUUUUGCUGGGUAUGAGCCCACCAGCAACACGCUUUGUUACCUGGCUUACGAACUGGCCUUGCACCCCGAUGUGCAGCAGAAAUUGGUGGAUGAAAUCGAUACCAUUUUACCCAAUAAGGCUCCUCUCACAUACGAAACAGUGAUGCAAUUGGAAUAUCUUGACAUGACCAUGAAUGAAACCCUUCGUCUCUAUCCCCUCGGGGGACGGCUUGAGAGAGUCUGCAAGAAAGAUGCGGAAAUAAAUGGGGUGACCAUUCCAAAGGGAACCGUUGUUAUGAUCCCACCUUACAUCCUGCACCGCAACCCCGAGCACUGGCCAAACGCAGAAGAGUUCAGACCAGAAAGGUUCAGUAAGGAAAACAAAGAUGCCAUAGACCCAUACACGUACCUGCCCUUCGGAGCUGGUCCCAGGAACUGCAUUGGGAUGAGGUUUGCCCUCCUGAGCCUGAAAGUUGCCAUUGUUGCCCUGUUACAACAUUUCACCUUCCAAACCUGCAAAGAAACUCUGAUCCCUCUCAAGCUGAGCUCACAGGGACUCCUAACACCAGAGAAGCCGAUUAUUCUGAAGUUAGUCCCUCGGACCAACGCCACACCCACAGAGGCGUAAAACCCAGCUGCGCCUGCAGCAGCUCUCCGGUGUCUAAUGAGCACUGCGCUAACAAAGGGAUCGCACAUAACAGGAAAUCUCACACAGACACAGAAGAGCAACUCUAGUUAAUUCUGGAAGCAAUUACUACAUAUUUACCGAAUAACAUAGCUGUCAAAAACGUAACAUGGAUCACUGGGCAGUGACAAUAUACAGCCCCCUUAAUUUUGAUUGCAGAAAUCAAGAAAUAAAUCCAAAUGAGAAGCUGAUCAUCCACUCACUUCUAAGGGGACUUCUCCGUCUGGAGAGAAGGAAUUAUUGUAGCAUCCAAGAGAAACUAGGUGUGAUGGAAAUUCAAAUUGCUAGACCUUGCUGGGCAGGGACGGGUAACUUUCUUCUUGGUGUACUGAUGCUUGAAAUUUUGUGUUAUAAUUGAGCCGAUUGGUGUGAGACUAUAUCCUAGUUACCAAUCCUCUCUUGUGCCAUGUGUUAAUUAAACUAAAGUG